AUGGUGUCGUCAAGUUCUGGAAGAAAGAUUUUUGGCGGUAUUGAGUUUGUCAAGGAGUUCAAGGCACACAUCAGCGACAUUACCUCUGUUAGCGUGAGCGCUGAUGGCCGUAGUUUUGCGACGGCAGGUGUAGAUAAGACGAUCAACAUCUUUGAUGUCAUAACUUUCGAUCUGCUGGCCAUGCUCACCGUCGAGGUCCCCGUCACCCUAAUGGCGUACAACAACCACUACGACUGUGUUGUGAGUGUCGACAAGGGAGGCAUGGUUGAAUACUGGAAGCCAAAUGGAAACUACGAAAAGCCAGACAACGUCUGGUCCCUCAAAAGCUCCACCAACCUCUUCGACUUCAAAAAAUCCAAAUGUGUCCCUUCAUCCCUCACCAUCUCCCCAACCGGCAACCAAUUCGCAACCUUCUCCUUCCCCGACCGCAAAAUCCGCAUCUUCGACUUCGCAACCGGGAAACUCUACCGCACCUACGACGAAUCCAUCGAAACAAUCACCAGCAUGCAACAAGCCGGCACCUCCGUCCAACACCUCGAAGACAUGGAAUUCGGGCGCCGCCUAGGCAUCGAACGCGAACUCGACGACCAACCCGCCCUGCAACCCCUCUGCAACGUAAUCUUCGACGAAACCUCAAACUUCAUCCUCUACGGCAGCAUGUACGGCAUUAAAGUCAUAAGCACCCUCACUAACAAACUCUCCAAACUCUACGGCCUGGAAGAAUCCGCACUCCGCCCUUUACACCUAACCCUGUACCAAGGCCAGCCGGAGAAAAAGGGUGUUGUGACCGUUGAAAUGGCAGCGAGUGAUAACCCGUUGCUGCAAGAAGCCGAAGCCCGCGACGCAAUGCUCGUCUCAACCGCGUGUCACAAGCAGCGUUUCUACAUGUACACAAACGACACCGCCUUUUCUAAAUCAACCCGCGACAUCGUAAACGAAAAACCCCGCCCUUCCGCCUCCUCCUCCAAAAACUCUUCUUCCGGCCCCUCCUCCACAGACGCAACAACAGCUAUCCUACACACAACCUAUGGCGACAUAACAAUCCGGCUCUUCCCAUCCGCCGCCCCCAAAGCCGUUCUGAAUUUCAUAACGCACGCCCGAAACAAUUACUACAACAACGUCAUCUUCCACCGUGUAAUUCGCAAAUUCAUGAUUCAAACGGGUGAUCCCUUGGGCGAUGGUACCGGCGGUGAAAGUAUUUGGGGGAAAGAGUUUGAAGAUGAGUUUGGUGGGGGCUUGAAGCAUGAUAGGCCGUAUACGGUUAGUAUGGCAAAUGCAGGGAGGGAUAGUAAUGGGAGUCAGUUUUUUAUUACAACGGAGAAGGCUCCUUGGCUUGAUGGCAAGCAUACAAUUUUCGGUCGCGCGAUUGCGGGCAUGGAUGUCGUGCAUAAGAUUGAGAAUGCCAAAGUAUACAAGGAGAAGCCUGAGGAGGAUAUUAAGAUUAUUAGUAUUUCGGUUUCGUAA